GUCCCCUCCAAGCCUCUCAUCAGCCUCCCACAGCUGAGCAAAGGGCUGGUGCGGGGACGGCGGCCGUUGGAGCAGGGCAGUGCCCUCACCCUGCUCUGUGCCUCCAUAAGCCCCAUCUGGAAAAUGGGGGUGAAGAGACGUGGCUCCCAGGACUAGAGGGGUCACGAUUGUCCUUCCUUCUGUCCCGCAGCAUGGCUGCCUGUCUUGCUCCCCCUAAUGCCUGUGGCUGGCUGUUCCUGUCAGCAGUCCUCGUCUCCAGCCGUCAGUUCUGCCUUCUCCAUCCACCCAGGUCCCAUGUUCCGUGCGUGUGUGCACUGCCUGCCUCAUUCUCGGGACUCUCGCUGUCCGAGUACCUGGCUCUGGCUCUCUGGCUCCAUGUCCCUGACCGCCUGUGCGUCUCUCUCUGUCUCCCUGUGUCUCUGACUGUCUUUCUGUCCCUCUGUGUGUCUGUGUAUGCUGCGUGCUUCCCUUUCUCAUUCUCACACUGCCUGUUCCUCUUCUCUGUCUCGCUCUCUGGUUCCCUGUCUCUGGGUUUCUGUGUGUGUGUGUGUGUGUGUUUCAGUGUUGGUGUGUAUUUGUGUGUUCCCUAGUGUGUGCUUCUCUGUCCUCCUGCUCUCUUGUUGCCUGUGUGUGUCCCAGUGAAAGUUCCCACUGCAUUCUUUCUUCCUGCUCUGUGUGUGUCUCACCCUCCAUGUGACCUGUGUGUGUGUGUGUUCAGUGUGUGCGUCCAUGCCUUUCUGUUCUCUGCCUCUGUUUGUCUCGUUCUCUCCCUCUCGAUCCCUCUGUCUCUCGUGUGUGUGCGCGCAUGCGUGUGUAUCUGUCUCGUUCACAGCGGAGCCUGUCCGGCAGGGCAGCGGAUGUGUGAGGGAUGAUUCAGUGGCUGACAGGAAGCCCGCCCGCCUUGCCUGCUGCCCGCAAGUGUCAGUGGCGUUGGUGUCGGCUCCGGCAGGUGUGUGGGCUCAAGAUGAGGUGGCUGCAGUGAAGAGCUUUCAACUCUCAGCAGGCUGCAGCUUCCCCUGCCCCUUCCACUGGAACCGUGAUAGUGGCCAGUCACGGUGGUCACGGCCGACCAUGCCCCACCCUGCACUGGAACCUCAGGGAAAGUGGCCAGGAGCGGGCAUGAAUGCAGAGACUGAGCUGCUGUGGCCUGGGGCGGCCCUCCUGCUGCUGCUGGGGGCAGUGGCUGCCAGCCUGUGUGUGCGCUGCUCCCGCUCAGGUGUGAAGCGGUCCGAGAAAAUCUGUGAGCAAAGGAAUCUGCCAGAGGACCAACAGAACUUCUCGGGGGCCUGGACCUAUUCCUUGGCCAGGCCCAUGGUGGACAGAGCCUCUAACAUGGCAGCAGCACGGAAGGAUAAGCUGCUGCAGUUCUCCCCCAGCCUCGAGGGUUCUGCGUCCCCAAGGUAUCAGAACUUCAGAAAAGGAAGCAGACUUGGAUCCAAUGCAGUCUACAUAGACCCCACCCCCAUGGACUGUUACAUCUGGGAGCAGUUCCAGAAGCCCCAGGAAGCAGAUGAUGACGACGAUGCUAAUUCCUAUGAGAACGUGCUCAUCUGCAAGCAGAAGCAGCCCGACUCAGGUGACGAGGAGUCUGAGGAUUACCAGAACUCGGCUUCCAUCCAGCAGUGGCAGGAGUCCAGAAGGGUCGUGGGGAAAGGCCCGAGAGGAGCCCCUCCCUGCCCUGCAGGAAGCCCGGACAAGGAUGACGAAGAGCCCGAUUAUGUGAACGGGGAUGUGGCAGCCGCAGAAGCCUAGGGCAGACCUGAGAGGAGCAAACAGAAGCAGGUUGGGGAAGACCACUCACCACCAAACAAGGCGACAAGUAAAAAGAGGACGAUGUCGACCUACUGCAGUGAGGAGAGCUUCCGACACCAUGUGACCGAUUUCUCCAACAGAAGAUGCAUCAACAAGGGCCACGGAAGCACCUCUGCUCGGGAGCAGCUUCAAAGCUAUUACAAGUCACAUCUCAGACCACCCGGCUGAUCACUUGCUCAGAACCACUUAGAACCCACUUAAGACUUAGGAGAUCUUUUGGGCUGGUCUCCCAUUGGAAUCGCAAUUGGCUUUCCCGGGACAGAGUCUCCCAGCCUCAGCAUGACCCUCGGAGCCACCCAGGAAGUGCUGGGCAGCUCUUCCCGAGACCAAAGGCUGCUUCCGCCAUUGGCCUCAGAUCCCAGCCUCCAGUGCAACAUCAACACAUAAAUCUAAAUGAAAGCCUCUUGAUGUCUCGAGAUAGUGCCUACAGCUCCCCUUCGCCUUCUCUCCCCAGUUCAAUGAACUGCCCCCAGAAGUCCUCGUUUCUGGGGCCCCCAAUGCCGUGCUCCAGGAGGACAGGAGACCCUAAGUGUCAUUACCAGUGACUAAGCGAGUUCCCCUCAGUGUCCUGGGUGCACAUUACUGCCAGGGUCUAAGCAGAGGCUUUUAGCACAGCUUCCUUCACCCAAACACCUGGUAAGAAGGAGCUAUAGACGGAACACAUGGACAGCCCUUCCCGAUUCUUAGCCCCAAAUAAGGAGGAAAUCAGACACCAAGCUAUUGGAUGUGGCAAUGCGUUUUCAAAAGUAUUCCCAAAAGAAAAAUCCUUUGCCAGUGUGGGAGAGGGAGAGUCUUUUAGCUCGGCUUUGAAGAGAAGUGGCACGUCCCGCAGGCACCACAAGAAGGGCAAGUCCGAGUUGCUGGCCUCAAGCAGCUGGGUGGUCUCGGGCAGGCCACCUGAGCUGCUUCCUUAGCCACAAAAUGCUGCUGAGAACCUCUGGGUGCAGGGCUUCUGAGAGGCUCAGCAGGUGAGGAAAGCACCAGCACUUGCAUCUGUCUCACUGCGGUGGCAUCCCAAAGUCCCUCUCAACUCCCCCCAACUCCCCAGUGGGGGGAGGCAAGUGGACAGACUGGAGCCGGGCAAGCUCCCCACCCACCCAGAGCGAGUCAGCAGAGCGGUGAUACGGAGUCCGUCCCCUUCCAGCCAAGAUCGUCCCACCUCCACUCCACAGGCCCCUGCAGAUAAACCCUGUUUUCGCAUGCUGUGAUGCCCACGCCAGUCUCCUACCUUGAACACAUUCUCACUGUUGAUGAAGCCGAAUCCCGAGAAAGUAGACUGCAAAUUGUUCAGUGCCUGUUGAGGAACAAAAACACAGGAGGCUGAUAUUCAACCUCGGCUCUUCCCCAUCGCUCCUGGCUGAACACCCUCCUGGCAAGCCUGCUCCCCGUCAGCCCAAGGCCCCAGCGCUUCUCCCUCUGGCUAUGCUCGGCUGUGCCGCUGGCACUUCCCGCUUCCCCCUAAAAUAAGGGGCACACACAGGUCUGAGCCUCACGGCGGAGGCCACACCCACCUGCCU